AUGCCCAAGCAUCGCUCCAACUCCGAUCCAGACGAUCCGUACCUGCCCAGCGAUGACGAGGACUCGGAUCCUGAAGAUUUCAUCAUUCACUGGGGAGGAUUGACUUCUUCAGAGGCCAAAUCUUGGCGUGGCAAGAAAAUCAACCUCGACCUUCACACCAAGACCAUCAUCUUCAAGCACGCUGUCAGCAAGGGCUACAGCUCCAAGCGGCCUCCCACCGUGCACGAUCUUCUCGACCUCAUCUACACUGUCCAGCUGCCCAGACAAGGCCUCCGUGCCACCAAGAGAUUCGUCAAAUGUCUCGCAUCGUGGAUCUCCAGCAACAUUUCCCAGCACAACCUCGUCGGGCUUCUGUUCGAAGAGUGUGUUGGUAUCAAGCCGCCUGUGUACCGCGUCUGCAUCUCAUCAGCAUUGCUCGACGCAGUUCAAGACCCGGCAUUCUCGUACAACUUCAUCUUGGCCUUGCAGCGCUCCUCAGACUGUCCCAUUAUGCAAGCACACGCUCGUAACAAUCGUUCCAUGCAGCUCUUCGGUGGCCAACCCGAGCCGAGACCAGGCAUGGAGCAGACCGUCCGUGAUGUGAUGAGCCACAUGGUUGCUUCAGGUCAGAUCGCCUCGCCGACUCCAGCGACGAAAGCAUACCACACACCCUACCCUUCCCAUCCCGGCAUGCCACCAAUGUUUCACGCCGCUCCAUAUCCCCCAUACACCAGUGCUCAAGCCAUUUCUGGAAUGCCCAACCCACUCAACCCCGCUUUCCACCAAUAUGGUCCACCGAACACUGGAAUGUCCAACCAGCAGCACUCUCAGCCUCCGGGUCCGAUCUAUGGACCUCCGGAAUACCUUUACGAGAAGGACAGGGUCAACGCCAGUCAGAACCACAUUGCAUACGAGAAGUGGUUGGAGUACGUCAAAGUCAAGCUCGAGCAGCAUCGAAGCAUGAGAACUCCAGGAAGUGCUGUAUUGCCUGAUGACCUUCAAGACGCUAUCAACUUCAACAAUGGAGUUCGCGAUUUCUUCCCUCAACACGACUACAUCGGAUGGUUGAUUGAUCAUCCUGAGGCCAUGGCAGCGGCAUCUUGA